AUGGUCUUCCGCGCAGUCUUCGCCAGCCUUGCUCUAGCCCUUGCCCUUUCGCGGGUAUCCGCUGGUCCAGUUCCCGAGGCCAUUCCAGCGGCCGCCGUCUACUCCGACAUCGAGUACCAGGGCACCACCGCCCGGAUCCCCGUCUCCGACAGCUGCGUCGACCUGACGAUCGUCAACAACGGAAUGAACGACACUGCCGGCAUCGGCUCUAUGGUCAUCCCCAGUCCAGAGAUUACCUGCAGUUUUUAUGAGACAUGCGACUGCUCCGGCGGCACUUUCGGACAGGAGUUCCAGUUCUCGGCGUCGACGCCUGAUGUCCGCCAGCAGUAUAGAGAUCUCGCACAGCUGUCAAUUGACAGUAUCAAGUGCUUUUUGAAAAGGAUUGAAAAAUUGAAAUAG